UAGACGAUCCCGAUCCACUCUAGUACAUGGAGAUUCUAGUAGUACCGGCCAAUGAGAUCACGUACGGUAGGUCGCGGCUGUCCUCAAGGGAGAUCUCGACACCUGCAGCCCCCAGCAUCAGAUGAACUCUUGUGACAGGGCAUCGCUUCGAAGUCGUCCAUGUUCAUGAUCGAUAGUAAGCCCAGCGCAAACAAAGCGUACCGGACGUACCGAAUUCCGAGCUAACAUGGUCGACGACUCUGUGCCAUGAAUUCACGAACUACCUCCUUUUCCGUGUCGCGCCCGCAACUAUCCCAGCGACCUUCUCUGAGCUCGAGAUUAUCGUUCGCCGUAUCUACAGCCGAACGAGGCGAGGGCCGCGAUGCGCCCGCGGUAGAACGCAUUGAGGAGGAAAUAGCAGAGAUCAAGAGAUAUGAGGACUUCAACACGAUAGACUGGGUACAAGAUGCCGCGCAAGAACGUUUACGUCGAAAAGUACGACAUCGCAAGACGGCGGGCCUCUUUAAAGAAGGCCAAGUGACGUGGAGGUACAAGUUAUGGGAAUCCUACGACGCGGCACAAGGAUGGAUCGUGGUGACGCUGAUCGGCGCCGUUAUCGGAUUGAAUGCCGCAUUCCUCAAUAUAAUCACCGAGUGGCUAUCCGACAUCAAGCUGGGCCACUGCACCACGGCCUUCUACCUGAACGAGAACUUCUGCUGCUGGGGGGAAGAUAAUGGCUGCGAUGAUUGGGUUCACUGGUCGGGCUUCGAGCCUUUCAACUAUAUCCUUUACAUCUUGUUUGCCACUGUCUUCGCAUUGACCUCGGCGACUCUAGUCAAGUCUUUUGCCCCGUAUGCGGCUGGAUCGGGCAUCUCCGAAAUCAAGUGCAUUAUUGCAGGUUUCGUUAUGAAGGGGUUCCUGGGCCUUUGGACUCUGAUCAUCAAGUCGAUCGCACUACCACUCGCCAUCGCCUCGGGCUUGUCGGUUGGUAAAGAAGGGCCCAGCGUUCACUAUGCUGUGUGUACUGGGAAUGUCAUCUCUCGGCUCUUCGACAAAUACAAGUACAAUGCUUCGAAAACCCGAGAGAUUCUCAGUGCGUGCGCGGCUGCGGGAGUUGGGGUCGCAUUUGGCAGCCCAAUAGGUGGGGUGUUAUUCUCGUUGGAGGAGAUGUCGAGCUAUUUCCCCCUCAAGACCAUGUGGCGCAGCUACUUUUGUGCUCUGGUGGCCACUGCCGUUCUGGCCGCAAUGAACCCCUUCCGUUCAGGUCAGCUUGUCAUGUUCCAAGUCAAGUACGACCGGUCGUGGCACUUCUUUGAGGUCGUGUUCUACAUUGUGCUUGGCAUUUUCGGAGGCUUGUACGGCGCUUUUGUCAUGAAAUGGAACCUUCGGGUCCAGGCGUUUCGGAAAAAGUACUUGACCAAGUAUGCCGUCCUGGAAGCGACUUUGUUGGCGGCCGGAACGGCCAUCAUCUGCUACCCGAAUGCGUUCUUGCGAAUUGACAUGACCGAGAGCAUGGAGAUUCUUUUUCUGGAAUGCGAAGGGGCUGAGGAUUACCAGGGUCUUUGCGACGUCGACAAACGAUGGACCAAUAUAAUGUCACUAGUCGUUGCAACGGUGAUUAGGGUAUUGUUGGUCAUCAUAUCGUACGGCUGCAAAGUGCCAGCUGGAAUUUUCGUCCCGUCGAUGGCUAUUGGCGCAUCUUUCGGACGAACCGUUGGCAUCAUUGUGCAGGCCAUCCAUGACGCCAACCCGACGAGCGUCUUCUUCUCUGCAUGCGUACCUGACGAGCCGUGUAUCACUCCGGGCACAUACGCCUUCUUAGGCGCUGCGGCUGCUCUCAGUGGAAUCAUGCACAUCACGAUAUCGGUGGUGGUCAUCAUGUUUGAGCUGACUGGCGCUCUUACAUACAUUCUUCCCACCAUGAUUGUCGUUGGAGUCACAAAGGCUGUUUCCGAACUUUUCGGAAAAGGGGGUAUCGCAGAUCGUAUGAUCUGGUUCAGCGGCUUCCCCUACCUCGACAACAAAGAAGAGCACAACUUUGGUGUUCCGGUGCAAGUCGUCAUGACCAACGAUGUGGUCGCUAUCCCCGUCCACGGCAUGGCCUUGCAGUCUGUUGAGGACCUCCUCAGCCAACCAAAAUACCAAGGCUUUCCCAUCGUGGAAGACCAGCACAAGAAAGUCCUUGUUGGCUACAUUGGACGCACCGAACUACGCUACGCCAUCGACCGUCUCCGCCGCGAGCGCCGGAUCACCAUCUCCCCCGAAGCCAAAUGCGCCUUCUCCCCUCCCGUCCUGGGUGCCGUAACCCCCAUGACCCCCACCGUCACUUUCAGCAACGCCGACUUCGGUAUGUCAUCGGCGUCGGUCGACUUCAGCCGCUACGUCGACGCCACCCCCGUAACCGUGCACCCCCGCCUGCCACUCGAGACCGUCAUGGAGCUGUUCCGCAAGGUUGGCCCCCGCGUCAUCUUGAUUGAGCAACAUGGGCGGCUGGCGGGUCUGGUCACGGUCAAGGAUUGCUUGAAGUACCAGUUCAAGGUCGAGGCGGCGGAGAACCCGCGCGAGGACAGUGAUAUCCAUGAGAGACACGAACGGGUCUGGGGCUGGAUACUAAUAGCCGCUGGCUGGGUUUCGGACAAGGUCUUGAGUGCAAGUGGUGGGAGGAUUCGGUUGGGCAGUGUCUCGGAAGAGGGGCCUCUGGGACGGGCGCCGGGACAGAUUAUGGAUGGGGAUGAGGAUGUCUUGGAUGAUGAGGGCGGUGUGGAGUUAGAGAAUAGAUAGCUUAUUUCAUGUCAUGUCUUGUUUUAUCUCUUCAGGCUAUGGAAUAAGAUGAAUGCAUCGCGUAC